UGGCCACCUCAGCAGUACCAACCUUUGCCCCCAAGUGAGUUCCCAUCACGUGGGUGGAGACUCCAGGCCAUCUCAGAAGCCACUGGCCUGCUGAAGGGCUGUAGCAGUCCUGUGCUUGCAGCCUCAAGAACCAUGGGGCCAGGGCCACGCAGCCAGUCCUUGCGAGGGCCACAGUCCUCCUACAGCAAGCUCCAGGAGCCCUGGGGGAAGCCUCUAGAGAGCCGACUGUGCCGGGUGCUGAGCCUCAGACAGGGGCAAGAGAAGUCCAGGCCCUCAAACAGAGGACCAGAAAGGCUGGACACACCCAGUCAGGAGGGGCUGCCCGGGGGCCUGGAGGACACAGAGCAGCUGAUCCAAGCCCAGCAAGGAGACAGCCGGCGGUGGCUGAAGCAGUAUCAACAGAUAAGGAGAAGGUGGAAGAGCUUUGUCUCCAGCUUCCCUAGUGUGACCUUGAGCCAGCCAGCCUCCCCACAGCCCUCUCUGGGCACCAGCAGCUAAGGAUAUUGAAAGUGGUAUUGGCCCUUGCUGCACCCAGGUCAGAUGGCCAUGUCUAUUGACCUACAUCUUCCUGGCCCUCUGGACCCUUCUGCCGUGGACUGCUCCUGCCUUCCUUACACGGUGCACCAAGGCCUCUGCCACCAGCUCACCCCUUGGCCCUGGCCCUCCACUCCAAGACUGGCUCUCAACAAAGACCUCAGAAGGGCAAGAAGAAGGGGGCUCAGCUGUUUCUUGGUGGAUUCUGCCCUGUGGGCGUGGAGGCACCCCUGGACAGUGACAUGUAUGAAGGCCUUAGAAACCUGCCUAGAAAUAGGGAUAUCGAUACCCCUGACCCCACACAAGACCAGUCAUGAACUUCCAGGACAGAGCUCAGUGAAGCCAGACCUAUGGCUGAGAGGCUCUUUGCCUGCCCACACCCUACCCCUGCCAUCCCCUGCCUGCCAGCAGCUAAUGGUAGGCAAGGCUUGGGUCUCCCUCCCUGACAGUGAGCUCCCCAAGGGCAAGGACAGUCAGGGCAGUCAUCGGUACUAGAGCCCUGUAGCUGAAAUGCCCAGACCUGGAUAUGCUCACUUGUAUCCUCACAGUGUCCCAAUGAAGGAAGCAAGGGAAGCUUUCCCUCCCUGUGUGACAGAGGUGGAAACUGAAGCCCAGAGCAAGGAAAGAAUUCUUGUUUUUGGCACCUCCAGCCCCACCCCCACCCAGUUCCCAACCUUGGGGCUGAACACAGGAAUAAAA